UAUGCUUAUAUGACAGCAUUUUAUUCCCUAAAAGUAGAAAUAUUUGCGCUUCUCUGCAAGUAAAAUUGGAUUUGAUAAAUUAUUCUAGGCAAAUUUAUAAUGAAAUUAUAAUUCCCUACGUUUUUUGAACGCAACAUUUCUUAGAUUGACUACAAUGGCGUGUGAGAAACAAACGAGCAGCAGCUAAAUAUUCACAUGACAACUGUAAGGCAUACGUUAUUGAAUUAAAGCCAUGUCUUUUGAAAAUAUUGUCACGUAAACGUGGCAUUCUAAGGGAUGGUAGGUUCAACGGUCAGUGUCUGUUGUGUGAGAACAACUACGAGGGCUCGAAAUGGCGUGCUAACCUUAGCCGAGUUUCCUCGCAUCCAAGUGCUGUUUAAAGAGCACAAGCUGUAUUUGACAGAAAGUCUGGUCCUUUUUUAGGGAUGUUAUUUAAGUCGCUGCGUUAAACGACCACCAUGGAAGAAAUAAAGACGGAACCAGUGGAUUUUGUGAGGGAAUUUCAAGAGUACCUGACGCAGCAAACGCAGCACGUCAAUAUGAUUUCAGGUUCGAUUUGUGAAGAAAAGGACCCAGUGGCCCCGAGGAGCGAGCAUAAUGGUCUAGACCCCCCAUCCGUGGAGGUGAGCCUGCCCUUGGAGGAAGGGUCAGAUGUGCAAAUGGACGGACUGGAAAGGACGUGUGACGGCAAAUACAAGUGCAGCUUCUGCAGCUAUGUAAACAAGGGCAUGGCCCGCUUGAUCGAGCACAUCCGCAUCCAUACAGGUGAAAAGCCGCACCGUUGCCAGCUGUGCCCAUUUGCUUCGGCCUACGAACGACACCUAGAGGCCCACAUGCGCUCGCACACGGGCGAGAAGCCGUACAAGUGCGACCUAUGCACCUUCCGCUGCAGCGACCGCAGCAACCUGUCCCACCACCGUCGCCGGCGCCACAAGCAGCCGCCCGCCCGGGUGGUGCGCCCGCCCUUUGUCGUCAAGCGAAGCCUGGCCACGCUGCAGAAGCGUAGUGGGUCGCUGUGCUUUGGGAGACGCCUGACCUUCACCCCUCCGCCCCUUCCCAAGUCAGACUACACCAAUGAUGUGCCUCACAAGCAUCAUCACCAUUUGAACAUGAGCGAGCAGAGGAACCCUCCUGGGCUGCUGCAGAAUGACUUCAACAGAGCUUUCAACAACCCACUGGAACAGCUGGCUUCGCUGCAGCCAGCUGACCUCCAUUCGGAAUCCUCUGAAGUACCUGCGAACAGUGACGAGAAGCCAAUUGUGAUACAAGAAGUCACAGGUGCACGAGCCACAACAUGCUCCAACGGCGUGCAGACUUUAACACCAAAAGGUGAAUACCCCGCUUCAGACCACAGGAGUAAUGCACACGGUCACGGGUUAGACGUCCACGACGAGGCUUUGUGCGCGGGCGGCAGCAGGCCCAGCACGCCCCGAGCCGCCGCCCCCGCUACCACUCCGGAAUGCGAUGAGCCGCAGCGGUGCCCACACUGUGACAUCAACUUUCCCGACAAUGUUCUGUACACCAUCCACAUGGGAUGCCACGUUUACGAGCACCCUUUUCGCUGUAAUGUCUGCGGACACACGUGUACUGACAAGUAUGAUUUUGCCUGCCAUUUUGCUCAAGGGCAGCACAGGAAGUGACGUUAAUUUUUAGGAAUAACCUAAAAUGAACAACAGAGGUGCCUUAAGAUACACAUUUAAUUUGUUCAAUGUCCACGCACAUAACCUAAAUCUAUUUCCAUUGGAAAUGCCAUUUUACCCUUUCGAGCUCCCAACCCCAAGAAAGCAUUUUAAUUAGGAAAAUAGCACUCUGUAAUAUCAUACGUUAUAUAUAACCGAUAGUAAUACAUAAUUACAAUGUUAAAGGGAACCACGGAUAGAAAGAUGUAGUUCUUAAAAGAUAAUGUUAUUACGAGUUUUAAUAAUUUGAUAUUAUGAUAUAUACAGUGGGGAGAACAAGUAUUUGAUACACUGCCAAUGGCAUUUUGAUAUUUUAGCAACAUCUGAUAAAUCUGAGAACACCGGCAGGAUGAUCAACAAUAUGAACAGCGCUUUUACGUGACAAAAAUAAGGUUAAGACGUCAUUAGACGCCUCAGUAGAGGUAAACAGCAUCAACGUUUGAAUAUACUAUGAAUGUGAUGCACGGGCUAUCUGCAAAAAUAAUCAAACUUCUGUGUUUCACUGUAUACCCUAAUCAUAUGUAAAGCACACGAUAGCUCUGGAUGCUAACCAUCUCCACAUUAAUAUUGCAAUAGGUUGGAUCAAACAAUAGUCUACCGUGAAGAUCUGCAAACAUUUUUUGAGUUCAAACACUCCUGCUCCGUCACUAGAGCAGGAGAGCGCUGUCACUAGCAAAAUUGACACAUGAACGCUACUCUCAUCUAAUCCUGUCUUUCCUGUUCAUUUUGCUUUUGCUGCUCAUUUUGUGAAAAAAUGACAGGGCUGUCCUACUAAUUAAUGUUCCGCUCGGGUUCAAAUUGGAAGGGCAGAACCGACGACAUGUUUAUUUAGUUAAAGAGUGACACUGUGAAAGUCCGGCAGCGUGGCCAUGUGACGUCAUUGCCCUGCAACGUCAACAAUGGCGACCUACUAGUUAAACUAAUUUCACAAAUUUUAUUCAAACGAAAAAACAUUAAGAGGGUUUUAAGAUAAAAUUAUUAGAACUCGUACUAACAUCUUUUAAUAACUACAAGUCUUUAUAUGUGGUUCCCUUUAAAGAAGUCAGAAUCAUCAUUAAAUGUUUGUGUGGGGUUUGUCCACCAGAGGGCAGUAUAAUAUAGAUAAAGGGAUAUACGUAGAGUGGUACCUUUACUUAUGAAAUUAAUUGGUUAGUAGUUUCUUAACUUGAAAAUUCUGUUAGUCGAGACUCAUUUUCCAUGUAAAUGCCCUAAUCCGUUCCAAAAUUCUGACAAAGGUUUUAUAUUGCAUGAAAAUGUAUCAAAACAUGUAACAAAAACAUGUUACAAUUAGAUUGCGCAAUAAACAAAAUCUGAGAAGUACAUAAUGUAAAAAAAAUAUAAAACCUAAUACACUCAUGUAAAGCUGUCGGAACACGAGGGACAAAUUAAGAGGAUGCUGCGAUACACACAUACAGUAGAGGUCCCUCUAAGCCAAUUGGAUGCCAGGAACGCUAGACAAUAGCCAAUGGCAGAGCACAUAUAAGUAUGUUAUGUUCGGUAAACUCCGGGAGCCGCUAGUACCAGCCACACUGUAAUUUAGCCUUUCUUAUCCUGAAAUUUCUUAACAAGAGGCAAUAUUUUCCCGCUGAGGCAUGUCUGAACCUGAAAAUUCUGUAUGUAAAGACGUUCUUAAGUAGAGGUACCACUGUACUGUACAUGGAAAAAGAAUGUUAAAACACCUCAAUAAAGUGCAGUAGUCAUUUAAUGAAGAGGUUAAGAAUACAUGCCUGUGAGUAUUGUUAGUCUGCCUAUAUGUUGUUCCACUGUAUUUAAAUGUGUUACUUGAAGGAUUUUAUUUAAGAAGUCAAUUGUGCAUUUAAGAUUCAUCAAGAAAUUUCACCCGAAAGCCUAAUAUUGUUACUUUUUGUGAGUAGUGUACUGUAGGGGGUGAUAUUUGGGAUUCGUUUUGAUUAUAUUUGUUUUUCUGUGAUUAUAUUUUUGUGUUGACUCUCCAAAAUGACAACAUUUAGGUAAUGUGUAUCACUUUGUGGUUCAUUUUUAUUUAAUGUUUUGAGCUUAUUUAGUCCACAAAUGGUGGCAUAUGCUCCAGCAGAUGUCAGUCAUGAUGCCUCACCUCAAUUACGUACUGUACAAAAAUGCUGGUGACUAAUGUGAGGAAAUAGCAGAAUGUAGUUUUACACUGGCAGCUGCACAUGAAACACAAAACAGUAUUUUACAUAGAUUUGUAUCUUGGCGGAGUUUGUUUUCAUUUGAAUUGUGCCUGUAUUUUUUUUGCUUUUAUAGUAUGUAUAAAUCUUAUAAGAUUUUUUUUUAAAUUGACAGUCCAUUGUUUUACAAAUGAAGCAGUAUAAAGGAGAGAUUCAAACCAUUAAUUCAAAUGAAGACUUAAAACCUGUGUGUUCUGGACAAAAUAUUAAAUUCCUAAUUUUGAUUCCUUAUAUUAUUUAGAUAAUGUACAUUUAAACAAUCUCAUACAAUAAAUGCCUCAUUCAACAGAUCCAUCAAUUAAAUGA